AUGAGCAGCAACGUGGGAGGCUUGGUGCGACAGCACUUGCGGUCACUGCGCAGCGUGGUGGCCAGCUUUUUCCAGCCACCAACCAUGCCUCCACUGGCGCCACAGCUUGCACCAUGUGCAGCACCGGGCCUUUCCUUGUGGGGCACUCACCAGGCACAAGACAGUGAGGGCCUCGUGGCGGAACACAGCAGUGGCGACACCAGCAACCCGCUCUCCGUGUUUGGCACUUCCAUCGUCCUCAUGGCCGUGCCCAAGCGCCGCACAUCACACAGCAAGAAGCGCAUGCGCAUGACAACAAAAUACCUGAAGAACAAGUCCCACUACCAGAAGUGCAAGCAUUGCGGCGAGCUGUGCAUGCGCCACCACAUUUGCCCCGGUUGCAUCGAGCUCUGGAAGAAGCAGAACCCACAACACAGCUCAGAGUCCCCCAACAACCAGCAAGACUACUAA